CCACGCUUGGGGGAUGAGACCGUGCAAGGUGCGUGGGGCCGCGGCCGGGGAUGAGGACCCGUGCGUGGGGCUGGGCCGGUGCAAGCUCCUCCUCACCACCGCUGGAAGGACGAUGAGUGAAUCUGGCUCCAAAUCCAGCCAGCCCCUGGCCUCCAAGGGGGAGAAGGACGUGUCAGAGAAGAGGGGCCGGGGGCGGCCCAGGAAGAAGCCACAGCAGGAGCCCAGUGAGGCCCCGACCCCCAAGAGACCCCGCGGACGGCCGAAGGGCAGUAAAAACAAGGCUGCCCCGAAAGGCAGGAAAGCUGCAGUCACACCAGGGAGAAAACCUCGAGGCCGACCCAAAAAAUCACAGCAGGACGAGGAGGAGGUGACCAUUUCCCAGGAGUCAUCCGAGGAGGAGCAGUGAAACCUCCCGAACCGGCGCUACCUCAUCGCCCGACGGUCCCGUGUCCUCAGCGGCUGGGGGAGAGGGAUAGGGAGAAACCCACUGUGCCGCCCUGGCUUUUUCCUCCUCCCUCCUCUGCUCCUUCCUCACCCUCAGACAACGGCAGCACUGGAAAAAUGGCCCAACCCAGGCAGCCCCUGCAGCCCCCCUGGCCUGGGGGUGGGGGGGAGAGCAGCCCUGGCUCUCCCCUUUCCCCAGAGCUGGGUUUUGGGGCAGCCCUACUAGCAAAGCAGGUGCCUGGCAGAGAGCCAGGGCUGAGACCCCCACCCCCACCACCUUUGCUCUCCCCCCCACCCAGUGCAGUGCUCUCACCCAUCCAAAGCAGGUGCUGGUUGUGCCCCCAGCACCGGGCUUUGCCCUGGCGCAUCUGCAGGGAAGAGAUUGGGGGGAUGGGGGUGGGGCAGCAAAGGCAAGACCCCCAAAUACAUUAGACCUUUGCUCUGGCCUGCUGCUACCCCAGGCAACCCCGCCUUGUAUCCCCCCCUCCCAAGUCCUGGGUGACUGCACUGUGCGUGGGAGAGCAGCUCCCGUGGUGAUGCUGGGGCUCGGUGCCGUCCCCGGGGUGCCCACGUGGGGCCGGCUCGGGGCAGCCCUUUCCUCAUAGGUUCUGGUAUAUAUAUAUAUUUUUUUUAGUACUUUUUUUUUUUUCCUUUCAUUCACAACUACCUCUGGAUAUUUAAGUUCCACUCUCUGAACUCACAAACGUGCUGCUGCUGUGCCAGCUGCCGGGGCAUCAUUGGCUCGGUGUUUCCUUUUUUUGGGGUGUCGCUGGGGGCUGUGGGGUUUUUCUUUUUUCUUCCCCUUUUUUGGUUUUGUUUUUUUUUUUUUUUAAAUUGAUAUUUUAAGCUCUAGGUUGUUCUGCUGUUCCAAGGGGUAGAGGCUGGUAGGGCGGUGGCGUCAGGGGGACCACGGGAUGCUCCCCCUGCUGCGCUGCCCCUUGCACGACGGCUGCAGCGGGACCGGAGGUCGGUGCCGGGCGGCCCCAGCGGGAGAAAAUUGGGGUUUGGUUGGGUAGUUUUUUUGGGUUUUUUUUGGUCCACUGUUAACGACCUUUGGGUUUCCUAUUUGCAGUUACUUGAAUAAAACAUUUUAUGGAUGUUUGA